AUGAUCGACAACGGGUACUCGUACGUGACGCGCGACAACCUGCGGUACACGGAGCUGAACGAUGGCCGCUCGUACGCCCAGAUGGGCACGGUGACGUCACCGUCCACGACGGCCAUGGUCAACCGCGGGCUGGUCGACUACGACACGGCGGCGCACCUCGCGAACCACCGCUCGUACGAUCCGGCGCCGCAGACGGCCUUCGAGCGCUACGACACCAGCAGCUACGUGCCGCAGCGCGCCAACCUCUACCCACCGGCCGCCUACGGCAGCGCCUACGGGCAGCCCUCCAUCCUCGACGAGGAGCCGAAGUACCUUACCGGGCCGGAGCAAUCGCCCGGCCACCCGGCACAGGCACAGCAGCAACACCACCACGUCGGCAGCUCGAUGAAGAUCGAGCUGGACGAGGUCGGCUCGACCGGACCGAUCUACCCGCGCCCGAUGUACCACUACGAUCCGACGGGCUGCGGCACCAUGCCGCCCGGCUUCUCCGCCAUCAACCUGAGCGUGAAGGAGUCGAGCCCACCGCCGACGGUGGCGCCGCCACCGCUGCCACUGCCGUCGUACAAGGCGAGCACCGGUACGCCGUCUCCGCCGGGCGAUGGCGGGCGCAAGCUGCCGAGCGGUGACGAGCGGACGGGCAAGAUCGGCUCCUCCACCAGCCCCGAGCCCGAUCGCAGCCCGGACCAGCACCGUAACACCAGCCCCAGCCAAACAUCGCUCGAUCUGACCUCCACCAACAACAGUGGUGGUACGAGUCCACAGUUUGCAGCUCGGCAUAGUAACACCAACACCAGCAACAACAGCAACGGUAGCAACAGCAGGAAUAGCUCCAACGCAACCAACGGCAGUGACCCCGUGUAUACUAGCGAGCUCUCGCAGAGCCGAUCAGCGGCCCAGGUGGAGGUGAACCCGGCCAGCGAGUACAGCAGUCCGGAGCGCCCGCUCGGGAUGGGCUUCGCCCGGCCCCAGCCCCCGUCGGCGUCCUACAGCCGGGAGUCGACCCCGGACAGCGGCGGUUCCUACUACGCCGACAGCUACCGCGAUCAGAGUGGUAAGUAGCUGGCAGUCCCUGGCCAUAGAACCCCCAGGCUCACCGUCUGCUUCGCGUGCGCAGGAUACAGCCCGCACACGAGCUACGGCAUGGUGGUGCAGUCCGAGUACACCAACGGCUACGCCGGGUACGCACCGAACGCCUACCAGUACACCGGCCCGUACGCCAGCUCGCUCGGGUCCGGCGUCUACCCGUCGACGGUACCGUCCAGCUAUCCGGCGAGCUCGAGCGCGGCCAGCUUCGUGACACCACCGACCAUGAACCAGCACAUAGCGCCCCACGACAACCUGCUGAAGGCUGGUCUCACCGGCUACCAGCGGCUAGAGCGACCCCAGUUUCCGUCGCAGUCCCAAGAGCUCAAGUGUCCGACGCCCGGGUGCGACGGGUCCGGGCACGCCACCGGCAACUACUCGUCCCACCGCAGCCUGUCCGGCUGCCCGCGGGCCUCCAAGCCCAAGAGCAAGCCCCGCGACGGCCAGGAAUCGGAGCCGCUGAGGUGUCCGAUUCCGGGCUGCGAUGGGUCCGGCCACUCGACGGGCAAGUUUCUGUCGCAUCGAAGUGCGUCCGGGUGUCCUAUCGCGUUCCGCAACAAGAUGCACAUCCUGGAGAACGGCGGCACGAUCGAGCAGGCGAAGGCGGCGAUGGCGCAGGCGGCCGCGGGCAAGUUCGAGCCUUUCGCCUGCCCGACGCCCGGCUGCGACGGGACCGGCGACGUGGACGGCACCUUCAGCACCCACCGCUCCGUCGCCAGCUGCCCGGCCGCCGGCACCCCGCAAGAGCCGACCGCCGGCAGCGGCAAUCAACACCAAGAGCACACCGGCGGGGCGGCCCCGGACGACAUCCUCGCCCUCGACGAGGAGAUCACCGAGCUUAAGCGGGAGAAUGCGCGCGUCGAGCUGCAGAUGCUGCGGCUCAAGUCGAACAUCAACGCGAUGGAGUCGCAGCUGAACCACAGUGGCCCGGUCAAGCUGCUGGAGAUCGGCACCCGAGGCAUCACCUGA